AUGACCUCAAUUCUCGUCACCGGAGCCACAGGGAAACAGGGAGGCUCCCUAAUUAACAACCUUCUGAAGAAAAAUGCCCCUUUCAAGAUCCUCGCCGUGACUCGCGACGUCAAUUCCGCUUCAGCGAAGAGACUCGCCCAGAAGUCUUCGAGUAUCACAUUGAUCCAAGGCAACCUCGACGACCCGGCUGCCAUCUUCAAGAAUGCAAAGCGAGUCUGGGGUGUGUUCAGUGUCCAAACUGCCAAUCCCAGAAACGACGACGAAAGACGCCAGGGAAUCGCUCUGAUAGAUGAGUCUAUCAAACAAGGCGUCAAGUAUUUCGUGUACAGCUCUGUCGACCGCGGUGGCGAGAAAUCAGACCAAAACCCAACCCCAGUCCCGCAUUUCAUUUUCAAACACGAGAUCGAGAAGCAUCUUAAAGAGAACGCAGAAGGGACUGAUAUGGAAUGGACGAUUCUCCGUCCUGUUGCCUUCUUUGAGAACUUCACGCUGGAUUACUUCGGGAAAGUAUUUACGACUGCGUGGCAGAUGUCACUGAAGGGCAAGCCUCUGCAAUUGAUCGCGACGAGCGACAUUGGGUUCUUUGCUGCGGCGGCAUUUAUGAAUCCCGAGGAGUCAAAGAAUCGUGCCUUCUCGCUUGCUGGGGAUGAAUUGACGUUUGAUCAGAUGUCGGAGACUUUCAAGAAGUUGACUGGCAAGAAUGUACCGACCACUUUUAGAAUUCCGGUUUGGUUAAUGAUGGCUGCCGUCAAGGAGUUCGGUGUCAUGUUCAAAUGGUUCCAUGAUGAGGGAUAUGGUGCAGAUAUCCCAGCUUUGAAAAAGUUGAAUCCUGGGUUGAAGACAUUUGGGGAUUGGUUGAAGGAGGAUAGCCAAUUUGAGACACGCUAG